AUGUUACAUUUAUGGCCGCAGCUUCCAGGCGAAGGCGGUGACAAGUAUGAAGGAGCCGAGAAACUUCUAGGUCCGUUAAGAGCUCAGAACUUUGCCAAUCCUGCGCCUGAUAAAACGGUCGGCCAUGACCAUUUUGACGUAGCGAUCGUCGGUGGUGGUAUUGUAGGAUUGGCAACCGCUCGAGAGCUAUUAAAGAGAUAUCCAGAGAUAACAGUAGCCGUACUCGAGAAAGAACCAGAAGUGGCCGGACAACAAACAGGCCACAACUCGGGUGUAAUUCAUGCAGGCCUCUAUUAUGAACCUGGAUCCACCAUGGCGUAUACAUGUGUUCGUGGUGCCGAUUUAAUGUAUGCUUAUUGUGAAGAGCACAAAUUACCCGUCCAAAGAUGCGGGAAAUUAGUAGUCGCUUGUAAUCCGGAAGAACAUAAACAGGUAGAAAAACUGUACCGUCAAGGGACAGCCAACGGUGUGAAGGGUUUGGAAAUAAUAGAUAGUAAACAGAUUACGGAACUGGAGCCAAAUGUGAAAGCGUAUAGUGCCCUCUACUCACCAAACACGGGCAUUGUGAAUUACUGGCUCGUUGGACAAUCCCUCGCUGAUGAGAUUAGAAAAUCAGGGCGUGGUGACAUCAAGACCUCCUUCGAGGCGAAAAAGUUUGAAAAAACAAAGGAGGGUAAAGUGAGAAUCACCGGCGGCGAAAAGAUCAUGGAUGGCCCUCGAUUGCAAGUAACAGCCAAUAAGGUGAUUACCUGUGCAGGUCUUUAUUCUGACCGUGUAGCAGGUUUGACAGGUGGAAAUCCUCGCAAACACAAGGUCGUGACUUUUAGAGGCACUUAUUAUCAAUUGAAACCAGAAUACCGAACAUUGAUAAAGCAUAAUAUUUAUCCCGUACCAAGCGGGGGAGGUAUUCCCGUCGGUGUUCAUUUCACUCCCACUGUGGAUGUACGCCGUGGCCAUCAAGCCAUCAUUGGUCCUGGCGCGUGCAUCACUUUUUCAAGAGAAGGAUACCGCUUUUUCGACUUUAAGCUGAAAGAUGUCUGGGAUAAUCUCAUGAAUGGCGCCUUUUGGGCUUUCGCUUUAAAAAACUUUAAUCUGUCUUUGGGCGAGCUUUACAGAGACUUGAAUCAAGCAGCUUUCCUCAGUAGUGCUCAAAAAUACAUCCCUUGCAUCACCGGCGACAUGGUGGAACCAAGUUUUGCCGGUGUCAUGGCUCAGGUGUUUGAAUCGGGUGGUAUCGCUGCAAAGGAUUUCAUAUUCGAAAGAAAAGUAAUGGAUGGAUCCAUCCUGAAUGUGAGGAACGCUCCAAGCCCGGCUUGUACAGCAGCACUAGCCAUUGGUGAAUUAAUUGCAGAUACAGCGAAAGAAGAUUGGAAUUGGAAAUAA